CUUAACAGUUAGUUGACUACCAAAUCAUUUUAUGACAUAAAUCAAAUUCGGCAACAUGUUAAAAAAAUUUCUGUUUUUAUGUAUUCUAGUAACAUGCCAAGGUUCUCUUUUGCGUGAAUCGUGCUUCAGUCCAAUCUACUGUCAUGGAGAACUUUUGCACCUCAUUCAGACGUCCGGUAUAUUCAAUGAUUCUAAAACUUUCGUGGAUCUCUCGAUGAUACAUUCAGUUAAUGUUACGUUGGAAUCAUUUUUCGAAUUUUUAGUUCAAACCAGAAAAAAACCGACUAUAACGGACAUUAAACAAUUUGUUUAUCAAAACUUUCACUCUGUGGGAGAAAUAGAAGAAUAUUGGCCACCUGAUUAUGAUCCAGCACCAGAUAUUCUUUUUGAACUGGAAGAUCACGUUGUGAGAAAGUAUACAUCAGAAUUAAUCUCUUUAUGGCCGACUCUAGCACGAAGAGUCACAAGACCAGUUAUGGAAGAGCCUCAAUCAUAUUCAAUUAUUCCGGUACCUCAUGGAUUUAUUAUACCUGGGGGUCGUUUUAAAGAAAUUUAUUAUUGGGAUACGUUUUGGAUAGUGCAUGGAUUGUUAAUAAGUGGGAUGAAUGUUACCGCAGAAGGUAUGGUCGACAAUUUACUUUCUCUAGUAAAUCGGUAUGGGUAUGUUCCUAAUGGCACUAGAGUGUAUUACUUGAACAGAAGUCAGCCACCACUACUAGUUCUUAUGGUUGCCCUAUACGUAAGAAUUACGAGAAAUUUGGACUUCUUAGAAAAAAGUCUGCCUAUCUUAGAAAAGGAAAUGGAAUUCUGGUUAACAAAGAGAGUAGUUCAAAUAGAAAAGAAUGGUACGAUUUAUCGGUUAGCUACGUAUGGCACUCAAAGUGAUACACCGAGGCCUGAAUCAUAUGCAGAAGAUAUUGAAAAUUGCGAAUUUUUCCAAAACGAAGAAGAAAGAGCUGAGUGCUUCAUGGACAUGAAAGCAGGUGCAGAAAGUGGUUGGGACUUUACAACUAGAUGGAUUUUUGACAAUAAAGGUAGUCCAUAUGCAAACUUAUCCCAUAUACAGACGCGACGGAAUGUUCCUGCUGAUCUAAAUGCCUUUUUAUACAUGGACUUUAUGACUAUGUAUAAAAUGUUUCUAAAACUAAAUAUGCAAAGAAAAGCCCAUUAUUACUAUGAAUUGGGCCAAGAAUGGAAAAGAAAUAUUGAAAAAUUUUUGUGGUGUGAGGAGGAUGGUAUCUGGUAUGAUUAUGAUUUGAAACUUGAAAAGCAUAGAAGAUACUUUUACAUGAGUAAUUUUACUCCACUCUGGGCCAAAGCUAUGGAACUUUCUGAUAUGAGUAACAGAAUACCUCGAAUCUUACAAUAUAUAAUUACAAAUGGAAUUUUAGAUUUUCAUGGUGGAACACCUAGUUCAUUUAUACCCUCUGGACAGCAAUGGGACUAUCCAAAUGCUUGGUCACCUAGUCAAACCAUAUUAAUUUUUGCCUUGGAAUUUUCUGGCAACCCUGAAGCCAAAGACGUAGCAAAACAGCUGGCACAUACAUGGAUAAGGUCUAAUAUUAAGGCCUACAAUGAAAAUAAGGUCAUGUUCGAAAAGUACAAUGCAGAAAACAGCGGUCAGUUUGGAGGAGGAGGAGAGUAUUUAAUUCAAUCUGGUUUUGGAUGGACAAACGGUGUUAUGCUGGAGCUAAUCGACUAUUACUAUCGGAUACCCAAACCUCCUGUUAAGAAAAAGCAAAGCAAGAAACAAAUGAAAGAAGAUAUACAGGAGAAUUUGGACUUUUUCCCUUGAAUUUUCAUUUUGUGCCCAUGGAAUUUUGAUAAUUAAAUGUAUAUGUUGAUCAGUUUUCAA